AUGGAGUUUCUGCAGAACCAUCAUUCGGCCAACACCACCGAUCCACCUUACACCCUCAACACAGGUUCGGUGGGGAGUAUCGAGGCAACGAUACCCUCAGGCCUCUGCUCAGGAUCCUUGGGUGUCCUAUCAGGGGAUGACGGAUUAGCAGAUAAUCAAAAUGAAGAAACUUUAGGAGCUCUGCAAGGUACUCUGCGAUUGCAGGACCUGCAGAAUUCACCUGAUGACAUAAAUACUGAUCAGAAUCAGCAGGUUCAAAAUUCAAACCAAAACCAGGUGGUGACUGAAUUUGGAGCCAGUUUUUGGGUCGACGACAUGGCUGGGUUUCCUCUUCCACCAUUGGAUUUGGAUCCACUUCCGCCAGGACUCUUUAGCCCUUGUUCCGGAACCUACAAUUGGGGUUGCACCAGAGGCGAUUGCGUUCCCAGAAGUGGAAACCCCAACGGAGAGGGUGUCGCGGAUGUGCUUUUGUCCUUGAAACAUGCAGUGGUUCAUCCAGGGAGUCCCACCGGGGGAUAUUAUUCCACGGCAGCUCCAUCACAUCAUUAUACCCAGGACUAUGGACAAAAUAUCGGACCACCAAUGCCACCCUCGCAUUAUACUCCUGGACCUGCCAUGUCCGUCAAUGUAUCUAUGAAUAUGACGAUGAACAUGAAUAUGCACCCUGGGUACGAGCAGAGCUAUUCGUCGGCCUGGGGGAUGGAGCCCUUACUGAGUCCCGCCCCCCAAUACAACCCCGUGGAAACUCAGACAAGGGCGAAUCAAGUUCCAGCCAAUAGCCUCAUUGGUGUACACCCCCAUUCGCACCCUCACCCUCACACCAGGCUCCAGACAGGAGAGCAUUCCCUUUGUAUCGGCAGCGCGGGAGUUGCUGUAACUCAGGAUGAUAAUGGAAGACCGAAUCUCUGUCGAAUAUGCGGGAAAACAUAUGCCAGGCCAAGCACCCUCAAAACUCACCUCAGAACUCAUUCAGGAGAGAAACCAUUCAGAUGCCACGCGUGUUCGAAAGCCUUCAGCCAAGCGGCCAACUUGACUGCCCAUGCCAGGACGCAUUCCGGAGAAAAACCAUUUCGAUGUCCUGUUUGUGACAGGCGAUUUUCGCAAAGCAGUUCCGUGACGACACACAUGAGAACGCACUCUGGAGAGCGACCUUACAGAUGCCGAUUUUGCAAAAAGGCCUUCUCCGACAGUUCGACCCUGACGAAACAUUUGCGAAUUCACUCGGGCGAGAAGCCGUACCAGUGCAAGUUGUGCCUGCUGAGGUUCAGUCAGAGCGGCAAUCUCAACAGGCAUAUGAGGGUCCAUGGUGGCUCUCUGACGUGACACAGUCCGGAUUACCACCCCUUUGUGGAUGCUGAUCUUCUGCCCCAGUGCUGUCGGAUACCUGUCAUUCAACUUGGGACGAGUUUACAACGAAAAUUAUAGAAAAAAGAAUUAUUUGUGUAUUUUCUGCGCUCCCAAGAACAAUUUCAGGCGACCCGACGCCCAAAACCAAGACAACAAUUUCAGGUCGUCUUUACCCACAACAUCUUCAGGUCGUCUUUACCCACAACAUCUUCAGGUCGUCUUUACCCACAACAUCAUCAGGACAAAUAUCUAUGGCCGCUUUUGAAAAUAUCUUUAUGAUAUUGGGAUCCAUAAAGUUCCAGAGGUCGUAUUUAUUCAAUGGAUUUCAAUUUUUCUUUUUAAAUUAAAACGAAUUAAAUAUCAAAAAGAUCCGCCGAGGCCAAUUUAGGGAAAGAAUCCACUAAUUUGUUAUUUAAUUUAAAAAAUAACAAACAAAAAACAUACUUUUUCAUUUGUCUAUAGAUUAA